CGGAAAGACACAUACUGAGUGUGGUACUAAGUCCAUACUUAAUUUUUAUUAUCAUUACAGCUAACUGCCUCGAAUGAAGUAGUUUGCCAAUGCCUUGUAAUGAUGCUAUAGCAACUUGGCUUAGGAGGGCAAUCAUGGACUGCAAGGGAACUAGUUGGGUUAAAAAAGAGAAGAAUGAAAUAUAUGCUGAAUCAGAAUCCUUGUUUCUUGAAGGUCCGCUAAAGAUUGUAACGCCUAGUCUUCAUAUAAAGCAAGACCUAGAACUGAAACAGGAAGAUGGCAUUGAGCGUGAUUGUCUUGAAGAUAACUUGGGAAUCUGUCAUCCAAACGAUUUUAUCAAGGAGGAUCCUGAACUAAAUUUGGAGGUGGCAGCCUCAAUAAGAAAUGCAUCUGAUAGUUUAAGUUUCAUUCAAAGUGCUGGUGACAGCUGUGACGUUUCAUAUCAAGAAACAUUACAUCAAGGAGUAGUCAAUGAAAAGCUGGAGAGAGAUGCAGAGAAGUCAACAGAUUUCAGUGUGUCUCACAACCAUACCAAAAUACAGACUUCACAAGAAGACAGCUUAUGUGGCACAAGAUUAAGUUGUAGCAUCACGGAAAAGGAAUUCCAUAAGUUUAACUGUAGUUUCUGCCUACAGAGCUUCCCUUCAAAAUACAGACUCAUAAUGCAUGUCUUCAUCCACAUUGACGGUGUGCAGGCACCUUCAUAUGUGUGUAAGUCAUGUGGUGAGGUAUUGCCCACUGAUGACUGCUUGAAAGAACAUUUGAGAAUGACUGAGGGUGACAAAGCAUUAUCUGCUACCAACAGUAAGAAACUUAAAUGCAGUGAUGAUCAUGAAAACAAUAUCUCCGAGUGUGUAAGAGAAGGAAUCAUGGAACAGACUGAAAAGCCCCCUUCAUACAAGGCACCCAGGAAAACUUUUAAAAAAUCCUUUAAUGACCCAUGUAAUACACAUACUGUGAAAGAAGCUGAAGAGAAACUUGAAAGACGUAAUGACUGUGGAAUUUUAUGUACAAGUGACCAUGUUCAUGUCCACACUGUGCUAAGUGCAAAGAGACAUCACAAAUGUGAUGUUCGUGGUAAGAUGUUUACUCUGUUACGGAAUCUUAAGAAACCAGCUCAAUACACUCUGGAGAGAGACUACACGAAUGCGAAGUUUGUGGAAAAUCGUUUACUGAAUGGGGCAGUCUCAAGAAACAAGAAUUAA